CUUUCUCACAAGCUGAAAGCCCACUUCAUAUCAUUCUCCUCCUAUAGGAUACUGGUGAGUGCAAUAUGCAGACCAUCCGUUCUGAAGUUAAAGGAUGCACGAUGGAGUCUCCUAGCUUGUUGAGCAGCUUCAAUCUGUGCAGAAAAGAUCACAGACGAAGAGAAUCGAUUGUCUCGACAUAUAAAGACGUGGAAACUGCCUUAGUCUCCAAAGUGUAAAACGUUUUCAUCAAGGACAAAAAUAAACAGAAGAAGCAAAGCAAAACCAAAAGCUCAAGCAAGCAUGGAAUCGAAUUCAGACCCACCCUUUUACGAGGCCCUCAAGGUCCUCCUCGACAAGAACCGAAACCUUAAAGACAAUUCUGUUAGUUGUGCUGAUGAUGAGCUUGGUGUUGUGAUGGUGAAGGAGCGGGAGCUUCCGGUGAUCGACUUGAGGCGAUUGGAAAGUGAGGACGAGAGGGAGAGGGAGGAAUGCAAGACGGAGAUAGCUAGGGCUUCAAAGGAGUGGGGAUUCUUUCAGGUGGUAAAUCAUGGGAUUUCCAUUGAGAUUCUGAAGAAGAUGAGGGCUGAGCAGGGGAAGGUGUUCAAGCAGCCAUUUGAGCAGAAGGUGAAGGAGGACGAGUUCUUCAACUUCUCUGCCGGUACUUACCGUUGGGGAGCUCCUUCUGCUACCAGCAUUCGACAGUUAUCUUGGUCUGAAGCCUUUCAUAUUCCUCUUACUGAUAUACUUGGUUCAACUGGAUCCAACAGUCUCAGCACAGCCAUAGAACAGUUUGCAAGGACAGUGUCAAGUCUUGCACAGAGAUUAGCUGAAAUUCUGGAAGAGAAAAUGGGACACAAGUCGACUUUCUUCCAGGAAAAUUGUUUGCCCAGCACUUGUUAUCUUCGAUUGAACCGAUAUCCUCCAUGUCCAUUGUUUUCCGAGAUUCAUGGCCUGAUGCCUCACACUGAUAGCGAUUUCCUCACCAUAUUACACCAAGAUCAGGUUGGAGGGUUGCAGCUGGUGAAAGAUGGCAAGUGGAUCGCAGUUAAGCCAAAUCCUGAUGCCCUUAUCAUCAACAUUGGUGACUUGUUCCAGGCAUGGAGCAAUGGAGCAUACAAGAGUGUUGAGCACCGAGUAAUUACGAACACGCGAGUGGAGAGGUUCUCUACUGCUUAUUUCUUGUGUCCUUCGAACGACACAGUGAUAGAGAGCUGCACAGAACCUGCAGUGUACAGAAAGUUCAGCUUCAUGGAAUACAGGCAACAAGUUCGAGAAGAUGUUCAAAACUUGGGUUCUAAAAUUGGCCUUCCAAGAUUUCUCAUGCAAACUACGCCCACUGCCUAGUUAUCCAGUAAUCGUAUACAUAUAUAUAGUAAUCUACAUGAUGGUGAUGGUGAAAAUUAAAUAUUCGAGUAGGAAUAUUAGUAGCUAGCUAGCAUAGGUAUAUAUAUAGUCGUCAACCAUAUAUAUAUAUAUAUAUCCAAGCAUCAAGUAGGUUAUUUCUCAAAAUGAUUUGAGGUUUGUGCAAACGAAAUCAGAACGUAUGGACGAAGCUGAUUUCUGACUGCAAUUUUGGUGCUGUCUCAUUUUUUGUCUGCUGAACAUUGGAACACAGGAGAAGAGUUUCUGUUGACAUCGUCGGCAGAAGGGAAGCAUUGUCUGAUCCAUGGGCCAUGAGAGUGAAGGGCAAGAGCACAUGACUGUUGCAUGGGCAUAAAGAAAAAUUAUAUUAAUGUGUUAUGGAGCUGAUGAGCUGUUUAUAUAUAUAUAUAUAUAUGUAUGUAUGUAUGCAUGUGAUUGAUUGAGAAAAUUGAUGUUCUCUGCAUAUUAAUUAUUUGGAUUUUUUUCCUAAACUCCAAUCGGAAAAGUUGAAGCUCUUCCCUUUGUAGUUCCUUUGUAAUCUAGGCUUUGAAAAUGCAUAGUUCCUGCUAUAAUAAUCUAUAUAUAUGAGAAAUUAAAUUA